UUUCAUCUUUCACAGAAAGCAACGUCUCUGGCUUCAAGAAUCGUGAGCUUUCCAGACGCAUCCAUCUCUUCAUGAUUGUGUGUCAUCAGAGCAUUUCUCCUGCGUAUUGUGGAAGCUUUGUGGGUGUGAUUCUUGAGUUUCCGUGGCAACCCCUCGUCCCAUGUCCCUCAGAGAGCACAACUUCCCUGCAAAGGGAGUCAAGAGAAGAAGAGAACCUCAUCCCAGAUGGACAUUAAAUCCUAUAUGAAAACAUCCAUCACUCGCAUCUCAACAUCCAUCUCUAUCCUACAAUCUCAAUUGCGUAUCAUCUACGAUACAUCCUAGUUUAUCCUCCAGCGCACUUAAGGUCUCAUCUUGCCACAGGUGAGGUGAGUUCUGUCGGUCGUCGACUCACCAGGACGAGGAAUAGUUUCCUUUGGUCAGAAGCCAUCAUCACGGCAUCGCCACCCGUUCCCACCCAUCGCUGCUCCUCGGUGCCCAUCAUCGGCAGCCUACUGUCCUCCUGGUGGUGGGGAGCUGAGCGGGAUUGCAUGUGUGGCUCUGUGGGGGCGCUAGACUGCACAAAGCUCCUCGGACACAGUACCUCUAAGACAGGCAAGAUGGUGAAGACAUUCCAGGCCUACCUGCCCAACUGCCAUCGCAGGUAUAGCUGUAUCCACUGCAGGGCUCACUUGGCUAACCAUGAUGACUUAAUAUCAAAGUCAUUUCAGGGUAGCCAAGGCAGGGCAUAUCUCUUCAAUUCUGUGGUGAACGUUGGUUGCGGACCUGCAGAAGAGAGAGUCCUUCUCACUGGUCUCCAUGCCGUCUCAGAUAUCUACUGUGAGUGCUGCAAAACCACUCUAGGAUGGAAAUAUGAGCACGCAUUUGAGAACAGCCAGAAGUACAAGGAAGGGAAGUAUAUCAUUGAGCUUGCCCACAUGAUAAAAGACAACGGAUGGGACUGCGACUGAAAUAAACAAACAAACAAACAAACAAACACAGAUAUGUAUCAUACCGCCUGGCCUUGUUGUUUAUCAGUCAACAGCACUUCUACUUGAAUCUGCUUUCUCAGCCUACCCAGCCCCGCCACCCCCUACCCUGACCAGUGUUUCAACAAAUUGAUAUCUUCAAGAUGACGGUGAUUGCAAAUUACUUUUGUCUACACUUCAACAUUGGCAGUGUAUCCUUGAUUCUUUUUCCUCAAGCACUGCUAAUGAUGGCGCCGGCCUUUAUCGGUAUGUCCAUGUAUUUCUCCAUUAUAAUACAUCAUUCUUUAUGAAGUAUGUGAUAUGAUGAGGAAGGAACCAACAAAAGCAAAUGCUUGCAACAUAUCUGCAUUUACCAUAUAUCACUCUCAACCAUCUGCAAUAUGCAGAAAAGCUCAGCUGAUGACAUCAUCAAUGACAUCAUCGCUUCAGCUUCAUUUGGACCAAGUUCGCAAGAAUCAUUUUGUAAAUGAAUAUCAGAUUAACAACAUGGUCAUAUUAGCUUAUUGUGUGUGAGGGAAAAAUUGAAUUAUAUAUUUGGCACGCAUUCAAAUAUGUCAUUGUAAGUUCUAAUUUGUAAUGAUUAUUUUUUUGAGAAGCAUAAAUGGUGUGGAGAUGCGGCGUAAUAUUGAUGGUAGAGAUGGAAAUAGAAAGCAAAUGGAUGGUACUAUCUAGGCAGAAAGAACAAUUGAAAGGAGCAGGGCGAUGGUGAGGUGUGAUGAGCCGGAAUUGGUGCAAUGAGCAGAGGGAGCGUGCUACGGUAGAAGAAGAAGCGGUUGCAAUUAUUCUUCGUCCAUGAUGACACAGGGCGACAUGAAAGGCAGAAGGACUUAUAGGAAGACUCGAUUGGUUAAAGCUAAUCAGCAGUGGAACAGUUCGGACUUAUGUAUCCAUUUUCAACGUGGACAGAAGUUUGGCGUGUUAUCGUCGAAUCAACAGCAGAGACAUCGGUCACUUGUUCGGAAACGUGACCAAAUACAAUGUUGAUUGAUGCGAAGGUUAAGGACAGCCUUAUUUUUAAGCAGAUGCCUCCACAAGGCAUGAUGAAUAUGCAUGAGCAUUGCAUCAUGAAUAUGCAUAAGGGCUUAUCACCGUUCAGCGGUACUUGAUGUUUAAAACCUGAUUGAUUAUCAGGUCGAGAAGUCAUCUUGAAUGUGUCAAGUUGGUAUCGGUCUGAAGGAUAUAACCCGAGUGUUAUGCUUGUGGGGAGUUUGGCGUGAGACGAGAGAGCACAAUUGUACAGAAUUUUAUGUUAAGGCAGUGCAUGCAUCUCCAAUGCAUGAUGCAGUUUGUAGAGGUUUUAUUACUUUGAUGUAGGAAGAAGAUGUGCAUGCAUGAGGCGAUGAGCAGAGGAUGUUAAGAUAUAACCUUUUGAUGCAGUCACGAUGUAAAUGAUAUAUCCUUUUUUUCUUAGGGAAAGAGAGCUCCGAAAGGCUUAUUUUGUACAAUCUUGUGUAUAUAUUCCUCUUACCAGAAUGCAUAGGCCAUACACGUAGGUGUAUCUUCACCUGAGAGAAAGUGAUAUAUGCGCAUUGUGAUCCAAAAGGGUGUUCAUGUGUAUGGCACUGUCCGAGACUUGUGUUGUGUAGCAGUGUGCAUGGUCUCACAGCAUAGAGUGAAAGAAAAUGGGCUCGUUUGUGUUGAUAACUUACCGCUAGAUUGUUCCACUGGGAUAUAUUGAGAUUCAAAGAGUUUUAAAUGAUGUAUAAUGCCUUCACCAUGUAGUGUAUAUGAUGUUAUGGAGAGGAAAAGGUGUGAGUGAGUGGGUGAAUAUAUGUGGGAGUGUGUGUGUGUGUGAUAGUGUAUGAGUGAAUGAAUAAAUGAAUGACAUCAAAACAAUAUGAUAUGUUGUCGCGUACUUGUCAUUAAAAUGUACUAUAACUUCAGAUUUAUCAAGUGCAAAGAUACUGCUAUAAUAGUAUCACAAACAAAACAUUUUGAUAUACAUGUAUUAUUAAACUUCACAGCAGCAACCCAAUCAAGUUAUCAUGAUGGAAUAGUGAAAUUCAAUGCUAAUUCUGGUCAGGUUUAUCUCUGUCCAAAUGUACAUGCAUGUACUGGUAAUUGAGCAUCAUGGCUAAUAGAUUUUGUUACCCUGGAUUAUAAUUGUAAUGUUAAUCCUCAUGUUUUUGUUUUUGUUUUUACAUGCACUGUAUCAAAGCAGAAAUGGGUUCAAAUUUAUCAAAAGCUAAAUUAUACUUAUAUUUGAGUGUGAAUUAAUUAGCUCUGAAAUCAACUGAGGGAUAAAAAUAUAAUAUUUUAACAUUUAGGUCUGAUUCGUUGACAUAUGGAGAGUAUUUUAAAGUCACUGGAAUGUAUUACUCACAGUGCUACAUUGUUGAUCAUGAGGACCAAAAUUAGCUUGCACUUUGUCUGCCGAGAGCCAGGAGGGUACUAAACUUGUAUACCAUACUUUCAUAUAGAGAGCUAACACUUUUCUUGCUCCCAUCAUCUAAUCAGGAGUGUACGAGGCUGAAAUGCCUUGAAAGAGAUCACUAGUGUUUUCGUCUCUGAUGGCAGAUACAGAAGGCCCCAGUACGAAUGGAAAUAAUGAUGAUUGUAAUGUACAUUUGUAAAGAAAAUUGUAAUUUUCUCUAACUUCUUGAAUUGCAAGGGGGAAAAGAGAGUUAGUAUAUUUUGCUUAUGGAUUUCUAACAACUACUCUGUUCAGUCUGGAGCAUAACAUCAUUACACAUUCAGGUGCAAGAGUGAAUUUGAAAAUUCUUUUUCUCCUGCUUUAGAAGCAUUUCUAAAUAUAUGCAUUUUAUGAAAACUACUAUGUGAAAUAUUAUUCCAUCAGUGUAAGUUUACAUGGUCUCUUUAGACUCAGACGGGCAUUGACUCUGUGAUAAAGUUUAUGGAGUUAACGCCCUUCCGGCUCCAAACAGAAGCAUGUAGUACGCUCUUUUCAGUCUUCUGUGUAUGAAGCGCAGGCUCACUGCACUUGUAUACGUCACAGCCUUGUAUUAUCAUUACAUUUCACUUCAAAUACAAGAACACUUUGGCCCGAAUUCACAAAGCAAGGUUUGAGCUCAAACCUCCUUUUGUUUCGCCAAACCUCCUUUUGUUCUUUACAAACCAGGUUUGUAAAAAACGAGUAAAACGAGUCAUAUGACGUACGAAAACCAAGGUUUGUCGACAAACCUCCUUUGUGAAUUCGGGCCUUUGUGUCUUGAUGAUAACUUAAAGCAGUUCUGAAAAGACAUUUUUUCUGUGACAGAGUUGGUCAAACCUGUAUUUCAAGAUCACUAAAGGGAAUGAGAAAACCUGUGUUUAACUAAGGACAGUUGGUUUUAAGCUUCCUUUCAUUACAGCUUUUGAUGAAAAAAAUGCUCAAGGAAUGCAAAAUUGUGGUCUUUAUAGACAGGUGGUCUUUAUAUGGGACAGGUUAAACUGUGAACGAUACACUAGUUGUUUUGAAUAUGAGAUAUCCUUUCUUUCAAACUUUUUUAAGAGACAACACUUCAUAAUUUGGACUUGACCAGACAAAGAUCAAUGGCAUUAAAAUAUAAACCUUGCUCAUAAAUAUUUAAGGAGUAAUAUUUGUUUCCAUUACUUAUGAUAUGAUAUAGGUUCAGUGAUAUGUACUCUAUAUGCUUGCAUUGUUGAAGGAUCAAUUCUGUCUUUAAGAUAUUAUUUGCAGAAGGUUUUGAUUGUGGUUUCUAUCUGUAGUCAAGUCAUGUAAAAGCAAUAUUUGUUUCUUGCUAUAUACAUUAUGUGUAUUUAAGUGUUAUUUACUUUUGGUUUCGACCCUUUUCAAGGGAUAGGAAGUCCUUUUUAUACACCAAAAUAGUUUCAAAACAAUAUUAUCUAAUGCCUCGAUUUCUGGCAGAUGCUGGGUAUAAGUAACCUUGCCUUUCACACACUGAGUUGGAAUCUGUUGUGCAAGCCAUCAUGCUGAUGUUCAGUUAUAUGUGAACAGACCAUUUUGAUAAUUGAGGAAAAAUAUAAGAAAGUAAGGUCGGUGUAUUUAAUUUUAUCUCCUGCUAAAACCCAGAGGGGUGUCAACUCUGAAUGAAGUUAAAUGAGUAAACCCAUUCUGACUUUCAGGAAAUGAUAUCACGUUGAAAUCAAUUUUCUUGAAAAGCUCUUUUUAAACAGAUGCAAUUUGUGGUUUUGGAUACUUGAGUUGCAAGUUUAAAAAAAAAUUGUAAUUUGUGAAUACAUUCCUCUCUCCCUACUUGAAUGACUUGAGAAUUCUCAUAUUUCCUUGUCAAAAUUUAGCUCAUUUAUUUUACAAUAGUUACCUCAUCUUUCAUAUUCAGUUUGAAUAACUUCAAGAUGGUACUUAAAAUUUUCUUUCCAAUUAUGAUAACAGAUGGAUCAAUCAUUCUCUAAGUAUGAACACACAUAGCUUUGAUAAACAGAAAAGAAACAGGAAAAAAGAAGUCAGUUCACAUUUAUUUUUGUUUCUGUUCAUAGAAGAGUUAAAGGAUUCCUUUUCAAUGUGUGAAAGCUGGGUUUGUUUUUCUUCAGGAAACAUGUUUGAUAAAGCACUUUACUUGAUAGGUGAAUGUUUACAUUGGAAUUGGAGAGAACUAAAUGCAAUUACAACCAAGAACUAUUAGCUUGCCAUGAUUUAAUUUUGGAUAAAAAUAUAAAAAUGAUUUCCAUAUAAGAAGGAAGGUUAUCUGUUUCAGUCUAAUAACAAAUAAGAGUGCAAAAAUAUUUUUUUAAUUAAGCCUAUUUUUCAUGGUAUUAUGAGAUUAAAAUGAAAUUUGAAGUAACAAUUUUAUUAGUCCAGACAUGUGGUUGCUGUUAUUGUUUUGAUUGUAGUGUUUUUUUCUUCAUGUUUUGAUCUUAUAUAUAGUAUUAUAUAUUGUGUGUAUAGUAUUUAAUAACACCUCUGUAUACAUUGUAAAUAGUCAAACGCUUGUUAUUUCCUGAGUGAAAUUAAACUUUGUGCAAGUUGUCUGUGAAACACGCUAAA